UCAUACAAUAGGGAUAUGCUGGGAUUUCUUCGCUCAGAGAGUGUAAGCAAGGUACAGCGAUUACAAGUUCACUGGAGCAGUGUGGCCAAACCAAAGGAAAUUGAGGCCCUCUUGAGUCCAACUGCAACCACUUUCACCAUCAAGAACUGCAAUCCUGGAACCAACCACUUCAUCACCAUCACAGGCCUGGAUAAGAAUGAUCAUAAGGUGUGUCGAUCCAAGCAGCUCAUCGUACAGACGUCAUCACAGAUCAGCACCCCACAGCUGUAUGUGAGCUCAACAUCAUUCAAGGGGAUCUCACUGAAAUGGGAGAAACCUCAAGCUUUUGGAGGAGCAAAGAUCUCUGGCUACCAACUAAAGGUCAACGGUCAACAGACAGCUACUUGACCUCUAAUGCUACCACAUACACCUUCAAACAUGGCAAGAUGUGUCAGACGUAUGCCUUCAGUUUACAGGUAAUUCCUCUCCUUAAAUGUGAUGGCUAUGAAAGAUCAAUGUUGACAAUGAUUAUUGUAAUUCAAGUACUUUGUGA